UUCCGCUGUCUCUCAGCUCUGCGAAAUGGCGGCGUGCCGGGGGCGGCGGCUGCUAUGGCCCGGCCGCCGCUGGUUCUCGCAGGCGGAGUCUACGGUCGCCCCGCAGCCCCCUGACUCGCUCUACCCGCCGAUAGUGGCUUCCGCCACGGCGCAGAGCAAAGCGGCGAGGCGGCGGCGCCUGGAGCAUUUCCACCAGCGGGUGCACGCCGCGGCCACGAUCGAAGAGAAGCUGCGGCUCUACGGGCUGCUGCAGCGGCCCAAGUACAUGGUUUACCCGCAGACCUUCGCUCUUAAUGCCGACCGCUGGUACCGGAGUUUCACCAAGACCGUCUUCCUGCCGGGGCUGCCCCCGAGAGCGGCCUCAGCAGCCGCGAGCGCCCCGGGAGCCGCGGCGCCGGAGGCCACCAAGGCCCCGGAGGGCGCGGUAGGAGCGGGACGCGAAUCCCCUCAAGCCCUGACGCUGGGAGCGGGGGCACCAGGGGCUGCCCAAACCCCCAAGCCCGGGGCGGGAGCGGCGACGUACGUGGAUAUGAGCGAGCUCCGCUCUCUCGCCUGCGAUGCCCUCUUGCAGGAGAGCUUCUACCAGAAUAAGAAGCGGCCGUUUCUCUACCGCGAUCAGGAUCACACGCCCGGGCCGUUCCUUACGCAGCUCGUCUCCUCCCUCGCCGCUGCCCUGUGCGGUCACAACCCGCUGCUGGCAGCCUCCUCCCUUGAUCUGAAACCUGAAGUUAACUACUAUUGGCAUCAUGGUGAGGAAGUUGUUGUUCAUGGACAUCGAAAGGGUAGAGUUGAUCCUGUCCGAUUUCAGAUAGAUGAUAAGCCACACCUCCAGAUCCGUGUACCAAAGCAACUUCCAGAGAUUGUACCACUGGAAUCAGAUCUAGGAGAUGUUCCUGUUAUUGAUCACAAGCCAUCAAAACUACCAUUAUUCAAAAAACAGUACGAAAACAAGGUAUUUAUAGGAUCAAAGGUAGCAGAUCCAUGCUGUUAUGGACACACCCAGUUUCAUCUUAUUCCUGAUAAACUAAAACGGGAGAGAUUUAUAAGAGCAAAUCUUGAAGAUCAGAUUGAAGUUGUUUAUCGAGCUAAUGGUAUAGCAAGUCUCUUUGCCUGGACAGCAGCACAAGCAAUGUAUCAAGGAUUCUGGAAUGAAGCAGAUGUGACCCGUCCUUUUGUAUCCCAAGCAGUAGUGACUGAUGGAAAAUACUUCGCUUUCUUUUGUUACCAGCUAAAUACUUUAGCAUUAACUGUAGAAACUAUUCAAAAUAACCCUCGGAAGAAUAUCUGUUGGGGUACAGACAGUAAGCCACUGUAUGAUGUUGUGGAAGGUGGUAGUGUAAAAGGCUUUAAUGAUGAAGUUCUCUUUCUUUUGGUUCGUUUUCUGUUGAACAGACCUAAAGAGUUGUAAAUCAUUUAAGCAAUACAGUAUUUCUGUUUAUGUAACUGAAUUUCAUUGUAACUAUGAAGCAUGAGCUAGAAUAUGCCUUUUUAGUCAAGUAUUUGUCUAGCAAACACUAUAUUCAUAUUUUAUGGUAUUUGGGCCUCUUUUCUGUAUUUUAUAUGCAUGAUAUUGUAUAAUGAAAAAUAAAUGUCUAAAAUACCUCUGUGCAUUGUA